AAGAACCUCAGUGAGGGGGGAGGGGCCAGCAAGGAGCGGUUCGGGAAGGGGCCGGUGCGGGGGGGCCGCGGGAAGGUGAAGCAGAAGCCGCGACCGUCGACCGCCCUCGAGGACCACUACGGUCUCAGGACACACAUCUUCCUCUCGCCGGCCCUCCAGGUCGAGACCUCCAGCGACUGGGGCCAGCGGGACAGCUGCGGCGGCAUCCAGUCGAGGUACUCCUCCAGCGAGGCCAUCUCCACCGGGCUCACCUCCAGGCGGCCGUCCCUACAGUUAAAGGUACAGUGGCGAACCUCUGCCACACCCAGGCUCUCCGACUUCGGAUCGCCAGAGGUGAGCUUCAGCGAUGUCGGAGGAUAUGCCAAUCGAACUCGGAAACCCAUCUCACUGCUUCCCGUUCCCAAAGCAGAAAUAUCCCAGUUAAAGAUGCUUGAUAAAGACUGCUUCAUAAUUCCGGUUGCCAGCCUAGACAGAUUUUUACCAGCUGGAGUCCCUAUGCCACUUUUAGACAAUGAUGCUGAAAGGAGUCUGAGUGUUCUUGAAGUUGAUGAUCCAAAGAUAUGCAUUGUGAUCCACCUUAUGACGCAGAUGGAACCCUUAGAGCCCAUACUUGAGUCUCCAUUAACUAUGCCAUAUAUGAAGCAGAAAAUGGUUGCUUGUGACCUCCUCUCAGAAAUUGGCUGCACAAGAACAGCAGCUGAAGGAAUGCUCCUUUGCAACCUAGAAAAGAAUGCUGAAUUUCCCUUCAUAGCUUAUUAUGUCAUAAAUAAGGCAACCACUGAUCCAGCAGAAUUCUUUCAUAACUGCCGUGGAGCUUCUCUCCGUAAAUUUGAUCCUAGGACAAUACGUUACACUGCAGUACACACUUUUGACUUGUUUAAUGAAGUAGCAACUAUAGCAAGACCACCGUUGGAUCCCACCUCCAAGAAACCUUCUUCACCUUCAACAGGAUUCAUUGUUUCUCUUUACAAAGUUUUUGAAGGAGACGAUGGAGAAAAAUUUGAAAAAAAUUGGCUCUACUGGACAGGUGCAAGAAUGAUAUAUAGAGCAUUACCGAAAUCUGUUGGUCUUCGAAGGAUUACAUUGCACAAAUCAGCGUCCAAUGGGGAUAAACUUUAUUUGUUGAUUGUAGAAUGCUCCAACUUUUUGGAACAAUUGAAUGCAGCAGCAGCUCUUAUACCAGCUUUAAGGGCAAGGCUUUGUGGAUAUACUGGUCUGUACAGAACAUCAGCAAUCUUCUGACCAAAUGGCAGCACAACAGACGACUUCAGCAAAAAAGGCUAAUUUACUAGAUUACUCCAAUGUAAAAUCGACUUCUGUAAUACAUAUAAUAUUCUGUGAUAUAUACUUGAUUUUUCAACAUAACAUAUCAGCAAUGUAUUAUUUUUUUUUUUGUCACCUGAAUCAAUUAAGAAAAAAAUUCCUUGUCUUUAUCUCAAUUUUUUUCUUUAAGCACAGCACUUAAAUAUGCUAUUCAUUUUAACUGUUCACAAGUUUCCUCUUUUUAAAGCAUAUUAGAUGAAGCAAUACAAAACAUUUUACCAUUUAAUGUAUUUAGGUAAUUAGAUAAAAAAUAGAUUUAAAAAUUAUUGUUACCAUCUAAUUUAAACCAAUUUCGAAAAUUUAUAUUACACAGUAUGUAAUGUUCAUAUAGUGCUGUGAUCAUAAGAUUUAAUUUAGUAUGCAAAAUUUUGCUUUAGGUUCCAAAUAUCUAUCUGAUUGUAAUUUCACCCUCUCAUUAAAUUAAUUUUUGUAUAGGAAAAUUUUCAGAAAUGCAUAUCAAUAUAUUAAUUAUAAAGUCUUCCUUAUAUGAAACUUAAUAUCUUUGCAUAAUAGUAUUAUGUACUUUAUAUACAUACUAUGUAUGUUUGAAAUAUUUCUUAUUUUAUCACUCCAUUCUAAAUGAAUUUUCUUAGUUUAGAUAAAUUAUUUUAAAAUAACUGUUAGAAAUUAAUAUGUAAUGUCAUGAAAUAAUGACUGUUUUAGAAGUGUUGAUAGUUUUAAAAACUGAUAUCAAUCCUUAAGGCUCCUACACACACAACGCUAUAUGCUCUAGCGAUACAAUAUCUUUUGUCACUACUACUGUGGAUUAUAGAGCUCUGUAUGACUGCUAUAAUGCAAUAAAUAGUAAUACAACUAUAUCGUCAUAUCACCACAGACAGCAAUAUCACAUCACCGAGACAUAUCGCACUCUGUGUGUAGGGACCCUUUAUAGUUUAAUAACUCUACCAUCUAAUUAUCUGCUCAAUCUUAAUCAGUCAAUGGUUAUUCGCCUUAUGCUUGUUAGAGUCAAUAACCAAAAGCUUUGUAAGAAGAAAAUGGAAAGAACAUUCCUCACCAAUUUAAAAUUUAUACAAAAGAGAAGCUUUAAAUGACAAUUAACAUCAGUUAAAAGAAUAUGUAUAUUAGUUACCAGCCAAUAUAGCUUAUAUUAUAUGCCUUCAUAGCAAUAAUAAUAUUCAUACCUUACAUAAUAUUAAGUUGCAAACCAGCAAUAAAGAAAAAUUAUAGGUAUUUAAAAUGCUUUGAAGAAAAUAUUUGUAUUUCCUAAAAGGAGAAUUAUCAAUUAGAUUUAAAACACGAUUUUAAUUAUUUUUAAAAAUAUUUCACUUAGGGGCAUAGGCUGUGGCUACAAGAAUUUGAAUUAAGUUUAAAUUAUUUCAAUCUUAAAUCAUAUAUUUACUUAUAAUUUGAUGUUAUAUCAAGUUCAAAUGCUACAAAUAUAUUAAUUAUGGUCAAUAAAAAAAGUUAAUAUCAGUUAAUACACAUUAGUUAUUAAUUUAAAUAUUAUAUAUGAGAAGAGUUGGUCAGGAGGGAUGCGGUCAAAUAAAUACUAAAUUGUUAAAAUAGUAUUUUAAUUGUUAAGCCGAUGAUUCGACCCACUUUGUAGGUCUUCAUCAGGGCGUGAUAUCGGGUACUGCAAGAAGCAGUUGGUAGACUCAAAUAUAGUUUAUCGAAAUAUUAUAUAGUUUUAAACAGUAUUUUCCUUCAAAAAGUGUUCAAUAAACUUUUUUUAAUUAUUCUGAUAAAACCAUAUAAUUUAUAAUUAAACAUGUUUUUGUAUGAAAUGUUUUCUAAUAAAUAUUUAUAGUUGUUUU